CUCCGCUCCGGGCUGGUUCAUUGUUGAGAGAGAGGGACGGAUUUAGGAUGGGUGACCUACAUCGGGGGAAGAACUGGCGAAAUAUGAUCCGUCUGCUCCCCUGAAUACAAAAUGGAGGAUGUUCGAACGCGGGGCUGAGAAAGUUUGUUGUUGAUGUUUCAACGUUGUGGACAUGGGAAGAGAGGACUGCAGAUCGACGGGUUAAAGUCGCUGCAGUUUAUCAGAAGGUACUGUUAGGAAGAAGUACUGCUAGAUAAUGCACGGUAACUGUGAUGGAGAGACGCAGCGCGUGAAGAGCAUUACACCUGGAUUGAUGUGGGUGAAUUCCUGGACUGGUGCCUGUUAACACCUCGGUGUGAAUGUAACCUGCUUGCGGAUGGGGGCUUCAGUGUUUGAAACUUACGACCGAUGGCUGUAUUAAUUUCCAUGGUUACAUUCAACAAGUAGUUCAUGCAGGUGUACAAUGCCUGUCGUGCAGAUGGUCGGGCUGGAGCUGCAGUUUUCUUCAAAUUGGAUUAGUGUUACAAACACAUCCAAGUGUAUGGACUGACACACCUUUAGGAUAUGGUCUAUGGAACUGUGGAUGGAUAAUUCAUACGGACCUAGCAAGAAGUGGAACGAUUUACGUUAAUACUCUGAUUUUCCUGCUGAGUUUUCUUAAUUCAGCCCAAUAUUGACCCAAUGGAUUAGAGACCGGCUCUGAAUGUUAAACGCUCCCGUGUAUUUGUUUACGGCGAUCCUUCGUCACCCAAAGUACAUUCUACAUAUCAUAUGACGAACAUCCAUUAAACUGCUCCGCUCCAACACAUCUUUACGUUUUCAAGUGGGGUCUUUAGGUUUUCUGAAUACAUUUCGUGAGAAGAGCCAGUUUAGAUGUAUAUGUCGGAGGUCUGGAUUGGGUUAGCACCAAUACAAUCCGUGAAUCACACCCCCACCCUCGUGGUACACGCCUCCUUCCAUUGUUGAAGUUAGUAACGGAGUUCCACCAACAAUGGCACUACUCUCAGACACAAUGGACGGGGCGCAUACUCAAUUACACUUGACAAAACGUUCAACUUUAUUUAACAUUGUAGCAAUGUUAAUAUUUUUAGACUUGCUUAAAUCGUCACAAAGCGCGGACUGUCACAUAAACACAACGAACUGCAUACCUUUUGGAAUAAAAGGUAAAAAAUGUUUAGGAACAACGCUGGACUUUCAGUACACGUCGCUGGAAUUUGCCAACGAUUCUUCCACGUUGGCCCAGGUGGAUGAGAAGCUGUCUCUGUGGAGCGGGCUACAGAAUGUCCCCCAGUGUUGGUCAGUUGUCCAGCCCUUCCUGUGUUCUGUGUACUUCCCAAAGUGUGACAACAACACCGGACAGCUGGAACUACCCAGCAAGGAGCUAUGUGAGAAGAUUAGAGAGCCCUGUAAAAUAGUGGAGUCCUUCCACAGCUGGCCGUCAUUUCUCCAGUGUCACCAACCCCACUUCCGGGAGAACUGCAAGCCAGAGACAUAUGAGAAAGCGUCGUUCAACACGACAGGUCGGUGUGAGCCCCCACUGAUCAAGACGUCAAUGAGGGAGAGCUGGUACGAGGAAGUUGAGGGGUGUGGCAUCCAGUGUCAGAAUCCCCUCUUCACCCUGGAGGAGCAUCAGGAGGUCCACGCCUUUGUCGCAGUCUGGGGGGCGCUAUGCCUCAUCUGUACACUCUUCACUGUGCUGACGUUUGUGAUAGACUGGAAGAACGCCAACAAAUACCCUGCCCUCAUUCUGUUCUACAUCAAUGCCUGCUUCUUUGUGGGGAGCAUUGGAUGGCUGGCCCAGUUUGCUGGAAAUGCUCGCGAGGACAUUGUGUGUCGCUCUGACCGCACAGCCCGUAUGGGAGAGCCACAGCUUGGGUCUGGUGAGUCGGCGUCCUGCACUGUGGUGUUCCUGUUGGUCUACUACUCCAUGAUGGCUGGUGUCACCUGGUUUGUCAUGCUGGCCUAUGCCUGGCACAUCACCUUCAAGGCUCUGGGUACACCCAGAGACAAUCUGAGUAGCAAGACCGCUUACUUCCAUCUCGUCAGCUGGUUCCUGCCACUCGUUUUGUCAAUAGUCUGUCUGGCAAUCUCAGAGAUUGACGGAGAUUCACUAAGUGGAAUCUGUUUUGUUGGGUACAUGAAGCAUGGCAUCCGAGCUGGAUUUGUCCUAGGUCCUAUAGCAGUGGUCCUUGUAUGUGGACUCGUCUUCCUGGUCAGAGGUCUUAUUACGCUGAUCAAGAUCAGGAAGAAUGCGCCAACUUUCAUCAGUGAAAAAGCUACGUCCAAAAUCAGGGAGACAAUUCUCCGUUUAGGUAUAUUUGCAACACUUGCGUUUGUGUUUGUGUUGAUCACAUUCUCCGUCCAUGUCUACACAUUUGCCAAUGAAAACAAGUGGAGAGAUAGCUUCAGGGACUACAUGUACUGUGAGGCCAACGUGACAAUAACCCGUACAGUGACGAACACCACCGGCAGGAUGUGUGAGGUAGCUUACAAACCAAGUGUGGUGGCAUUAGAAAUCCACAUCUUCGCCUUCUUCGGGGCAGGCAUCGCCAUGAGCUCUUGGUCCUGGAACAAGGCCUCCUUCAACGCCUGGGAGAGGUUCCUCAGGAAGGUGUUCCGCAAGCCAUCCAACAAGCCAGUGAAACUGAAGAAGCACAAGAUGAUUGCCCAGGCCUUUGAGAAGAGAAAGAACAUCAACAAUGGACGCAUGUCAAUCAGCUUCCAUAGUACACAUGACGACCCGCUAGGGAUGAAGUUUGAUCUCAACAGUGUGAGUUCCCAUGACAUGUCAUCCAACUUUGCUGCUGCCAUGCCCAAGCUGGUACGACGACGAGGUGGUCUCAUUCAGCCUGUAGCUGGGACUCUUCGCAGAUACUCUGACUCAGAUAUUGGCUCCGUGACCUCAAGAAGAAUGUCCCAGGAUUCCCAGCUUGGACAAGCUAUUGGACAACCCCAGCUGCCCAUAGAUCCUGAUACCAAGGCCGAAAAGAAAAAGAGGAAGAAGAAGAAAAAGAAAAGGCGAAGAGCACACAAGAUUCAGCCAAUCAUAGCCCCUGUUUUAAAUGCCCUCCAUGCCGUGGGUGGUCGGCGAGGGCUCCGUCGAGGCAGUGACACAUCCGUGAUCAGCAGAGCCUCUGCUCAUAGUGUGCGUGUGUCCAUUGAGAGGAACAGCAUGGAGGCCAUUUCUAUAGCAUCAGUGCCUAUGUCUCAUCAUGGUGAUAUUGACACUGUUGAUCUGAGUCAGAUACCAUCCACCAGGGCAGGGUCACAGCCGGCAAAGCCACAUACAAACUUCUCUCUGUUCACAGCCAGUGGCUUGUUACAACCCAGAGGCAGACCAAGUGUGCAGGAGUUUGCUGCAGUCAAGAGGUCAAGAAGAAGUCGCCGAUCCGAAGUCACUGUGGAAAUGUCUGAGUCAAACUUCCAAGCUAGUCGGCCCCGACCUGGACAGUCAAAACCCAUAGAAACAAUUAUAACACUGGAGUCCGAGGAUGGGUCUCAGUCAGCUUAGUCAGAAAGUCCCACUGAAUUCUGAGAGUCUGAUACAUCAUUACUCCAGGGCCCUUUCCACAAAGUGAUUUAAGUGCUAAGACUAUUGUAGUCUAUGAGAAAGUAUGGGAGUUACGAUCACAUUAGCACUAACAUUGCUUUGUGGUAUGGAUGCAAGCAGUCUACUAGUCUAUGUCACAAAGGAGGGGGAUAUACUGUACAAUGUGCAUGUCUUAAGACUCGAUGACAAACAGCUGUGAGAAGAGUAUGAAUUGAUACUGUGCUUCCACUCAGUCCCAUGAAACUGUGAAAGAAGACCAUGCCAGUACUAUUAGAUGUUAGUUUCUACAGUCCCAUGUGAUAAGCAUAUAACAAAUUAAACAACUUUGAGGUAUUUUGUGAAUGAUAUAACUAUCUACAUGCUGUAAUAUCUGCAUAGAUGGUUUAGGCUUACAUUCAAAACUUGUCAUGAGUGACAGACUAACAGGGUAGAACAGGAGUCAGCAGAGAAGAUGCAUCCACAGUGCUACCAGAUGUUUAUAGUACCAGAUUAUUUUACGUGGAUUUACAACUUUAUAUCCCAACAUGGAUGGGUUGGCUUCAUUCCAUGGACACAUGUACUGUGCUUUGUGUUCCCUGCUGGGAGUGAGGUGUUCUGGAUGUGAAGAUGGUGCUGUUAGUUUUAACAUAAACCUUGGUGCCAUUGUACUACUACUGUUGUAAAUCUAUGAUAAAAGUACAAGAGUUACGUUCUUCUCAGCACUAAGAUUGCCUUAAGUCUAUGUUUGUAGUACCAGAGUUAGUGCUUAGUGCUAAGACUGUUGUAAGUCAGUGUUAAAGUAUGAUUUUUACAAUCAUUAAGAUGAUCACUUUGUGAAACACAUCGCCAAGGUAAGUCACAUAUUCAUUCAGUGUUUAUAUGGAUGUGUACAUACGCUUUCACGGAUUGCCAGUUGAUGCCACACUUUUUUUGUAAAAUUUGAAGUAAAAUCUAUUUUUGUUUUCAUAUUAUAUUUUAAAUUUGAAAACCUUUAUGGUCGGUGCAAAACGUGUGUUUGAAGGAAAGUAGAAUUACUGUUUAUAAGUAAAGGUGUUCAUUUCUGAAAAGAAGAGUUUAAACUUUUCCCCUUAAAAUGCUGUUGUUGGGCAAGGGACAGAAAAAUUUACUUAUUUUGGGUGUUGUUGCACUCUUUUUUCUAAUCCAGGAAGGGAGCAUUGAGGAGCAAAUAGGAUUAACUAGAAGUUAUAAAUAUGUUUUCUCCCUUUUGGCUACAGUUGCUCUAUCUUUCCACUGGCUAAAAAGAGAGUGGCCAUCAAUUAACAUGAGUAUACAUCUGGAUGAAUGGCAACUAAGAUAGUCUUCAUCAGUAGAGCAAACGCCCUUGUAUUCAUUUUGGAAAUUUUAACGUCUCAUUUUUUAUCAUGUAAACAUUGUUAAACACAAGUGUCCUUUGUAAUUUUCUGUUAUAGCAGUCACAUCAUGUUUCACCUGAUUCCAUUUACCUUCAGUAAUAUCCAGCAGUCACAUCACUUCUACAGUUUCAGAGCACCAAAGAAAUAUGCCCAUACCUGUUGUACAUAUUUGUGUUGGGCUACUCCAGGUUGCCAUACAGCAUUACACAUAAAACAAUAUUUUUUCAGAGAAAUCCAACGGAAUACUGUCUCUUGUUUGCCUUCAUAAUACAAGUGGCAUAUCUAUACUGAGUAAAUCAGUCUGGUAGUGUCAGCACUGACAAAGUCUACCUUAGGGCAAAAAAUAUAACUAAUUAUUUUUCCAUAACUCACCCACUGUUUUACAUGUGAAUGUAAAUUCAUAUCUUCUCUGUUGUCCAAAAAACUUCAAACUAAUGUAGAAAAAUAUUAUUUUUGUACGUAUGAAGAGAUUGUGUUGAGGAAAGUGUUGUUUUCUUGACCAGCCUGUUCGUUAUAGCAACUGUAGUGAAAGCACUGCUUUGUGGAAUGGGCUGCAUAGUCAGCUAUUCACUGGUGGGGCAGAGGGUGAGGUGUCAACCUGUGCCUGUCUGUAAUGUUUUUGUUCACUUCUCAGGUAGUGUGCACCCCUUCUCAGAAUCCUUGGUCACUGUUAUUUCAGUUAUUUGAUAUGAGCGGGUUGUAAUUUAUCCAUAGACUUACGCUGUUUAUGCUCUGUUCAAGCCCUGAAUGUGUAUAGUGCUGCCUCCUCUACUAACACACAUGGUAUUCUGUAGUGUAGGAUGUCCCACUAGCCAAGGUUGUGGCCUCUCCACAGUUUAGUUGCUAUGUAGGACAAGCAUGAGGCACUGGGGACAUGUUCCGUAUUCCUCAUGUAUGGCAUACCACAUACACAAAUUUAUCAUGAAGAUCAGAUUGUUUUACCCACUGGAAUAGUUGGUUUCAGGAAUGUUCCCUUUUUCAGCUUUCUGGAACUCAUGUAUUUUACCGAAGGCACCAUCCUCAUAUAGAUUCAAUUACUGUGGACAAUUAUUCAAAAAAAUUUUAUUGAAUAUUUAACUCGACUUUUGAUCACAAUCAGUUUUCAUUGUUGAAUGUGACAGAACCAUCUUACAGAAACAAAGGUUGUUCACACUGCAUAAUAUUAAUAAUGGUAAGGUAUUAUCAUAAAGCAGAUAUUGUGAUGUCAUUUCUUCUGUCUUGUGAUGUUGUAUUUUGUUUGUGAUGUCAUAUCACAGGCCAUUGUUUCUUAUCAUGCAUUAGACAUUGAUUGCAGCUGAGUUACCAUAAAUCAGAUUAUUUCAGAUAUACCUUGAUACCAGUAAUUGGGAUAUGUACAUGAUUUGUAUGUACGGACAUCAGCCGGACGGCAUCCUCGAGGACCAUAUCUCCAUUCUGUUGUGAUAUGCACCCAGGACUUAUCCACCAUGGAUUCUUUUGAGGAUGAUACAAAAUAGGCAGAAGCCACAAUUUGAUAUCCAUUUGAACAGAACCUUUGAGUGAGAUGAUACGACACAAACAGCCUGGAAAGUGGCUGGUACCCCAUUUUGUCACACCACAGAAGGCAGAGCAGUAGACGAUAGAAAAUCCUGUGUCAUUAACAAUCCCUUGUUACAUCACAUCCUCUAUAUCAUCAGAUGUUCCUUGUGAUUUCCGAUCCUGUCAUAUAUAUCAUCAAAUUGCCUUGUCAUUUCAUGUCAUCUAUAUCAUCAAAUGUGUCUUGCAAUUUCAUAUCACACAUCAAGCACAUCUUCAUAUCUGCCUUGUGAUUUCAUAUCAUGUCAAAUAUGUAUCUUUAAAUGUGACUUUUGAUGUCAUAUCGCAUCAUUUAUAUCAUUGAUUGUGCCUUGUGAUAUUGAAUCACAUGUAGAUUUAAAAUAUGCCUUGUGAUGUCAUAUGACAAAUCAUGUAUAUUAUCAAAUGUCUCAUACCACUCCAUGGUUGUUGGUUGGUAUCGCACACAGUGCCUUGUAUCAUUACACCAAGCACUCAUGUGCCCAGUUGUCAAGUGAUGUUGUGUCCUGUUUCUUGUAGCGUUUGUACAUACUGCUGUUUACACAAGCAUCUCUAGAUGCUAGCCGUCAUAAUAAUGUUUAGAGUUUUAUACCUUUACUUCCAGUAUAUUUACUAGAUACAUUUAUCCAAAGAUCUGAUAUAAAAGUGAAGAUAAAGACCUACAGAAUAUA